AUGCUUCUUUAUAAAGCUGUAAAUAAGUUUUUUUUGAAUCUAGCUUUAAACAGAAGAUGAAUACGAGAGGUUAUAACUUUUAAGUGAAGGCAUCAAAGAAGUAACAUCUGAAAUGCCUAAGAUAGAAACAAUUCAAAGUACAGCUCUCAUUAAAUUUUGUAAAUAUUCAUAUCUAUUUAUUAGUAAUUUGUUGUUAUCCUUACUAAGAGUAGAAUAUUAAUAUGUUGAUCUCAGCAUUUUUUGAUUAUUACAAAAAUGAAAACUUUUUUUGGGCAUACACCUAAGCAAUCUCUUAAAUUGGAGACUAUUAAGAGAGCAAGGCUGCAGCAUAUAAAAAAUAAUCCAUAUUUGAUGUAUAUCUAAGAAAAUAGUAAUAAUUUAAUAUAUUAUAGAAAGGAAGGUAAAACUGGUUUAAAUCAUUUUUAUCAUUUUUCUGAAUCUGUACAGCAAUAAAUGACGAAAGUUAAAUUGUAUGUUUGUUCAUAUUUUUCCAAAUAUUUUUCCUUAGCUCAAGAUUUAGGAAUUGAUAUGUCAAGAAUUUACGAUAUAUAUAGAAUUUAUUUACAUAAUACAAGUAAUAAGGAAUUGAUAUUUGAAUUAAUUGAAUCAUUUGAGAAUUUGAAAAGGACUUUAUUUAAUAAUUUACCAUGGAUUGAUACAUUUUAAUCUGAAAUAGAUAUUUAUAAAUAAACAUUAAUCCCAUAAAGAUUUUCUGUUAAAUUCAAACAGAAUUAACAUAAUUUACAAUAACUUUAUGAAUAAUACAAAUAAUAAAUGGAGAAUCCUGGAUUACAGAAUUAAAACUCUGAAGAAAAUAGCCCAUAAGUAGAUUAAAAGGCUGUUUAUAAAUAAUAAAUUGAUAAAUAUUAAAUAGCAUUAUGUAAAUAAAACUUGGUAAAUUUGAUUGAUGAUUCAAUCGAUUUAUAUUUAUUUCUAAAAUUGAUUAUUAAGCCAUAGAAGUAUGAUUUAAUAGAUGAUUGGAAUGUUAAAUAUAGUGAAACAACUAUAGAUAAAGAUUACUAAGGAUUUAAGAUAAAUUGUUCAGAAUUAGAUGAUUUAUUAAUAAUUAGGUCUUAUAAAGCUUUAAAUUCAGUUUUAAAUUGUACUAAAUUUGAAAUCUUGAAACUAAAGAUGUAAAAUUUGUUACCAAAAAUAUGUAAUUAAAUUUAUUUUAACUAGUUCAUUUGAUAUAUAAGGUACUUCGAGAUCCUGAGUAAAAUAUCAACUUGUAUCAUUUAGGCUCAUUAAUAAAUAAAUUAUUAGAAAUGUGUCCUAAACAUACAAUAUAUUAAAUAAUUAAGUUAAAUCUAUUGUUCUCCUUUACAUAAUUUUUUUAUAAUAACUCUAUUGUGAAUUUAGUAUUGGAAAUUUUGGAUUUUGAUACUGAUAAAUAUCAACUAGGAUAUUUUGUUCAAGAAUAAGUAUGGACUUAUAUAAAUGAUACAGAUUGGUUCUAAUAUCUUUUUACUUUUCUAUUUAAAUAGAACAUUGAUGUAAGUAAAAAAGAUGAAAAUUAUUAGAGUGAAAGAAAAGUAUAAUAUAUUUAAUAUUAUAAUUAGACUCAAGUUUUGAGUAUGUUACAAUCAUUAAAUAGAAAUCAACGAGGUUCCAUAAAAUAAUAAGUUACUGUAAAUUAAUCCUAUUUUGUGUAAUGUUAUAGCACAAGUGAGAAACUUGAUGAAUUACAACCACAUGAUUUCUUAAAUAAUAGAGAUAUAGAUAAUUUAAAGUUUUUCAAUAAUGAUAAAUUAAAUUUUGAUCCUAAAAUUAUGGAGAAAAUGAUUGAAGAGUAAAAAAAGAAUUAGGUUACAUCAGGACAAAAUGUAAUGAUUGAAGACUAAAAUAUCAUAUCCCAAAGAGUUAAUAAAUAUGGAAGAUAAAUGAUUGAAAUACCUCCAAAAAAGAAAUAGGUAUCGUUACCUAAAUUAAAUACAAUUUCUGUAAAAUCUCCUCUUAAAAAUAUUAAUUCUCCUUUGUCAAGAGAGAGUUCCAAGAAUCUAUCUAUUGAUAAGGAUGCAUAAUUGAGUUAGAAAUCUAAAUAAUCUUCUUCAAGUUUAAGACCAUCAGAUAAUUAAGAUGAUACUUUAUCAUAGAAUAAAUUAAUAAGAAUAUAUCAGGCAACAAGUAAAACAAAUGCAAGCUUAUUUAAAUAGAAUUAGUAAGGUAUUCAAAUAAAAGAUAUUGGAUUAAUGGAAUCUCUUUAAUUUAUUUAUAGAUUAUUGAAUUCAUUGUAGUAAUUUUAAAAGAAAUUCUUAAGCCAUAAAAAUUGUAAUAUAGUUGAAAAAACAAGUAAAAUAUUAACAACAGAGAAUUUAGUACAAUUCUUUUAAAUCUUUGUUAGUAAGAUAAUGAAAGAUGAUUAUGGAUUAAUUUGUGGUUAAAUAUUAAAUAGUAUAUAUUAAAUGGUUUUGAAUGAGCAUUUGGAUGUAUAUUAUGAAAUGUUAAAUGAAUAAUUUUAUAACUUUAUUUAAGAAAUUGGAAGUUAGUUUAUACUUUUGGAGAAAUAAUAAAAUACUGGAUUUAAGAGAUAUCUAAUAUCAUCAAUAUUUUUUAAUGGAUUUAUAUUGAAUAAUUACUUAGGUCAAAAUUACUUAGAAUUUAAUAUUUAUAAAUAUUUAAGUAGUAAAAUAUUUAAUUAACUACAAUAAUAUUUAAUUAAUUGUCCUGAAAAUAAUAAUUAUUAAUUAUAAUUUACUAAGUAAUUAUUUUUAUCUCAAAAUUUAGGUUUUUGAAUUGUGUCUUUUCUAAAGCACCAGCUUAUAUGAUACAGUAAAUUUUAUUUAAUUAUGGUUUACUUUAAAUUUUGUUUGAAUCCUAAAGAGUGAUAAUCCUUAAUGAUGUUCAAAAUGUUCAGAGUUCCUUACACUAUUUUGCUAUACAAAUAAUAUAUCUAAUUAAGGAUCUUUUAAAUAAAAGAAGUAUGCAAGUUAUUCUUGAUAAUCUUUAACCUCUUGAUCUAUGGUACAAACUAUGUAAAGCAACUGAGAAUUUUAAAAUUGUUAAUUUAGAUCAAAUUAAACUAGCAGAACCACCUUAAGAAAUAAGAUAAUUCUCAAAAAAAUAAUAGAGAUAAUUCUAAUUUAAAAAAUAAUAAACUGAAUAAAAACUUGAAAUAUCUGAGAGAUCUCCGACAGAGUUAUGUUUGACUCCUGAUUUAACACAUAGAACUUUAAAAAAUUAUAGAUUGCGUAAGCCAUUUGAUUUAUGA